AUGCAUAGUUUUGGUCUGCAGUCAGCUUUAGCGAUUCGCCGUCAACGUAAGAGACGAGCUGAACUUAAACGGCAUGUGGAAAGACGUCGCUUAAGUUCUCAAUCGAUAGAAAGUGGAAUUCAUGGUUCUAAAUCUACAGUGACUAGCCCAACAGAAUACCAUGGAUCUGUUGGUAGCCUAUCACAAGGGCCAAGGAGAAGAAAGAAACCACCUAAAAUGCUUGAUACUAAAGUUGCUUCUAGCAUAGGCAUGCUUCAUGUUGGUGUGGUAUUUUUAGUUUUGGGCCUUUUUUUAAUUGGAUCUGGCAUUAUACCUGAUGAUUAUGUUUCGUGGGCUUCAAAAAAUUGGGUUAAUGAACUUGUAAUAACUGGUUUAACUUCAAGUAUAAUUGGUCUCUUUUUGCUUGUGUUGAAUCAUUUCAUUAACCGCAAAGCAGAAUCAGAUUUAGCUGCAUACGUGGAACGCCAGUUGACCAGAACAAGAUCAGGUAGAAGACUGGUAUCAGAUGCAGAAACUGGUGCUAUGCAUACAAAACAACAGCAUAAAGCACGACAACAGAGUCAGAAUCAACAGCCCAAUUCUCCCGGUUCAGAUCUUGAUCAAAUAGCUGAAGAAGAAGCAUGUGGUUCAGAGUAUAGACCUGUUGAUCAAUAUAAUAAUCCUGAAACACAGAGGCAGAAUCCAGGCAGGACACAUAAUGCAUACAAUAGGGAAUUAUUGGUAACACGGUGUUAUGAUACAACUGAAACAUAG